UAUUUUGCUCUUUUGGUCUUGUAAAAACUGGAUUGUUUUGUACAUGCCCUAGGAAUUUGUGACAAGCAGACCUGAUGGUAUAAAAGGAACUUCUGUUAAGUGUUUUUACAAACCAUCAGGACUCUCACAAUAUUGGUUUGACCCAUAAACCAGCGAUCAAAACCGAAUCAUGUCUGGAGUUAAAGGACACUGCCAACAGAAGCCCCAAUGCAAGGAUCCCUGCCAGAAGCAGCCUGUGUGCCAGGACCCUUGCCAGAAGCAACCGGUGUGCCAGGACCCUUGCCAGAAGCAAAGUAUCUGCAAAGACCCUUGCAAGCCUGUGCAACAUUGCCAGAGCUCUGGAGGACAUCAGAAAGAUCCUUGUGACCCCUGUGCUCCUGACCCCUGCCAGGCCCAGGCAAAACAUCACUGAAGGACAAAAUGUAUCUCUGAAGCUGACAGAGGGAGCAAAAUUGGCUGUGAUCCUAAUUAUAUAACACAGACAUCUUAACAUAUUGUAUACAUAGUUACAAUACUGUAUCUUAAUGAAUAUUGUAGACUUAAAUAAA